CGUAACUUCCGGUAAUGUGUUGCCGUUGUACAUAGUUAUUUUUAACACGUCUUUAUCUCCCAAAAAAGAUGGAUCUUUUGGGGGGAGAGUUUGGAGAUAUGACUCAGCAAGAGCUGGCUGCUCCUGUCGACACUGUAGCGGAAAAGUGGAAAUUGUUGCCGGCGUUCCUUAAGGUGAAAGGGCUGGUGAAGCAACAUAUCGACUCGUUCAACUAUUUCAUAAAUGUGGAGAUAAAGAAAAUCAUGAAAGCAAACGAGAAGAUCACCAGCGAUGCUGAUCCAAUGUGGUACAUCAAAUAUCUGAAUAUUUAUGUGGGUAUGCCUGAUGUGGAAGAGAGUUUUAAUGUCACUCGACCUGUGUCUCCUCAUGAGUGUCGCCUCAGAGACAUGACUUACUCCGCGCCAAUCACUGUUGACAUUGAGUACACACGUGGCAGUCAGAGGGUCAUACGAAAUGCACUGCCAAUAGGAAGGAUGCCAAUCAUGCUUCGGAGUUCCAACUGUGUACUCGCUGGCAAAACACCAAUGGAGUUUUCCAAACUGAAUGAAUGUCCUCUGGAUCCAGGUGGAUAUUUUAUCGUCAAAGGUCAAGAGAAGGUCAUCCUGAUUCAGGAGCAGCUCUCCAAGAAUCGGAUCAUUGUGGAGCAGGAUAGGAAAGGUGCUGUUGGCGCCUCUGUUACCAGUUCAACGCAUGAGAAGAAAAGCAGAACCAAUAUGAUCGUCAAACACGGCAGGUUUUACCUCAAGCACAACACGCUGUCGGAGGAUGCUCCCAUCGCCAUCAUAUUUAAGGGCAUGGGUGUGGAGAGUGACCAGGAGAUAGUUCAGAUGAUUGGCACUGAGGAGCAUGUGAUGGCGAGCUUCGCCCCCAGCCUGGAGGAGUGUCAGAAGGCCCAGAUCUUCACGCAGACCCAGGCCUUAAGGUAUCUGGGCAAUAAAGUCCGCAGACAGCGCAUGUGGGGAGGACCCAAGAAGACCAAGAUGGAGGAGGCCAGGGAGCUGCUGGCCUCACUCAUUCUCACUCACGUUCCUGUCAAAGAAUUUAACUUCCGGGCAAAGUGCAUCUACCUGGCUGUGAUGGUGCGGCGGGUGAUUCUGGCUCAAGGGGACAACAAGGUGGACGACAGGGAUUACUAUGGGAACAAACGUCUGGAGUUGGCAGGGCAGCUUCUGUCUCUGCUGUUCGAGGAUCUGUUCAAGAAGUUUAACGCUGAGUUAAAGAAAAUCGCCGACCAGAUCAUCCCCAAGCAGAGAGCCGCUCAGUUCGAUGUGGUAAAGCACAUGCGGCAGGACCAGAUCACCAACGGAAUGGUCAACGCCAUUUCCACGGGAAACUGGUCCUUAAAGAGGUUCAAGAUGGACCGUCAGGGCGUCACCCAGGUCUUGUCUCGACUCUCCUACAUAUCUGCUCUCGGCAUGAUGACCAGGAUCUCGUCCCAGUUUGAGAAGACCAGGAAGGUCAGUGGGCCACGAUCUCUGCAGCCCUCGCAGUGGGGCAUGCUGUGCCCAUCGGACACCCCUGAGGGGGAGGCCUGUGGACUUGUGAAGAACCUGGCCCUGAUGACGCACAUCACAACAGACAUGGAGGAUGCUCCUAUAAUCAAACUGGCCUUCAAUCUGGGCGUGGAGGAUGUCAACUUGCUCUGUGGCGAGGAGUUGUCCUACCCCAGUGUCUUCAUCGUCUUUCUCAACGGAAACAUCCUGGGUGUGAUCCGGGAUCAUCAGAAGCUGGUCGGCACUUUCCGCUUGAUGCGGCGAGCGGGAUUCAUCAAUGAGUUUGUGUCCAUCUCCACCAACCUGACGGACAGAUGCGUCUACAUCUCCUCGGACGGAGGACGACUCUGCCGGCCGUACAUCAUUGUGAAGAAGGGGCAGCCCAUGGUGAAGAACAAACACAUCGAAGACCUGUCUCAGGGCUACAGGUCCUUUGAGGACUUCCUACACGAGGGCCUGGUGGAGUAUCUCGACGUGAAUGAGGAGAAUGAUUGUCAGAUUGCGCUGUAUGAGCACAUGAUUAACAGGGACACAACACACCUGGAGAUUGAGCCCUUCACUCUGCUAGGCGUGUGCGCUGGUCUGAUCCCUUACCCCCACCACAACCAGUCGCCCAGGAACACCUACCAGUGCGCCAUGGGCAAGCAGGCGAUGGGUACAAUCGGCUACAACCAGAGGAACCGCAUCGACACACUGAUGUACCUGCUGGCGUAUCCCCAGAGGCCCAUGGUCAAAACCAAGACCAUCGAGCUGAUCGACUUUGAGAAACUUCCGGCUGGACAGAACGCCACCGUAGCCGUGAUGAGCUACAGCGGCUAUGACAUCGAGGAUGCUUUGGUCUUAAACAAAGCCUCUCUCGACAGAGGUUUUGGCCGGUGCCUUGUUUACAAGAAUACCAAGUGUACUCUCCGCCGAUACACCAACCAGACCUUUGAUAAGGUGAUGGGACCCAUGCUGGACGCCGCCACACGAAAGCCGAUCUGGAGGCACAACAUCCUGGAUGCUGAUGGAAUCUGUUCACCUGGUGAGCGGGUGGAAAACAAGCAGGUGUUGGUGAACAAGUCCAUGCCGACUGUCACUCAGACCCCACUGGAGGGCAGUACCCAGCCAGGACAACCCCAGUACAGAGACGUGCCCAUCAGCUACAAAGGCUCCACUGACUCGUACAUCGAGAAGGUCAUGAUCUCCUCCAAUGCCGAAGAUGCCUUUCUCAUCAAGAUCCUGCUGCGACAGACCAGAAGGCCUGAAAUCGGGGACAAAUUCAGCAGUCGACACGGACAGAAAGGUGUGUGUGGACUCAUUGUCCCGCAGGAAGACAUGCCCUUCUGUGACACGGGCAUCUGUCCAGAUAUCAUCAUGAACCCUCAUGGAUAUCCCUCCAGAAUGACGGUGGGAAAGCUGAUCGAGCUGCUGGCGGGGAAGGCGGGGGUCCUGGACGGCCGCUUCCAUUAUGGGACGGCAUUCGGAGGGAGUAAGGUGAAGGACGUGUGUGAGGACCUUAUCCGCUAUGGCUACAACUAUCAAGGCAAAGACUUUGUCACCUCCGGAAUCACUGGGGAGCCCCUGGAAGCGUACAUUUACUUUGGACCGGUUUACUAUCAGAAACUGAAACACAUGGUCUUAGACAAGAUGCACGCCAGAGCACGUGGACCCAGAGCAGUUCUCACCAGGCAGCCCACCGAGGGUCGCUCCAGGGACGGAGGUCUGCGUCUGGGUGAGAUGGAACGUGACUGUUUGAUCGGCUAUGGAGCCAGUAUGCUGCUGUUGGAACGGCUCAUGAUCUCCAGUGACGCUUUCGAGGUGGACGUGUGCGGUCAGUGUGGACUCUUGGGGUACUCCGGCUGGUGCCACUACUGCAAAUCGUCGUGCCACGUGUCGUCCCUGCGGAUCCCGUACGCCUGCAAACUUCUGUUCCAGGAGAUGCAGUCCAUGAACAUCAUCCCCCGGCUUAAACUGUCACGAUACAAUGAGUGAACACUCUGCGACGUUGUUUUUUUUUGUUGAUGAAAUGAGAGCUAAAAUAUAAUUUAUCUUCUGAUCAGGAGCGUAGAAAAUUUCACAGUAAGACAGGGCCUUCCUUUUUCUAUCAAUUAUGUUCAGGAAAAUGCUCUCAGUUUGUGUAAAUAAUAAAUGACCUGCUGCUACUUUGACGUCUU